CGUACGUGCUCAUGCUCAUGCUAGCUGGUCUCGGGUGCCUGCGCCCUAGCAACAUUUUCAGAAUAGCUUUUUCUGACAGUUGCGCUGCAUGUCUUUCAGGGUGCAGCUGUAGGCAUUUGCCUUGCAUUUGUCAAGACUUUCCUCAACCAGCAUUUGGCCCAGCCUUGUCUCCGUCCUGGAGUAGAUUAUCGACGCACCCAAACUGAAGACCAAUCCACCCAGGACAAUGAUAGAGGUUACUGUGAAGACAUUGGAUUCCAAGAAUCAUUCCUUUUCUGUUCCUUGUGAUCUAACUGUCAGACAAUUCAAAGAGAGGAUAGCUAGCUCUGUUGGAGUGACUGCUGAAUCUCAGCGUCUCAUUUCCUCUGGGAAGGUUCUGCAAGAUGAUAAAUGCCUCCAAGAAUAUGAUGUUAGUGGAAAAGUUAUUCAUCUGGUUCAGCGAGCUCCACCUCAGUUAGCUGCAAGGAAUGAAGGUACUGACUCUCAGCAACGUGACAGUCAGGAUGAUCAUUCACAUCAUCAUCAUUACCAUUUCCAUCAAGGUGGAAGUAGGAGAAGGAGAUCUGUUGUUGUAGGAGCUGUGGGGCCAAGUUCUUCAUCUGUAAGACUUGGAAUAUGCCAGGAAAUGCUAUCACAGGCAAUGAGAAUCAUGAACAGAUUGGAUAACCCUGAGUCGCCAAAUCCUAGCAAUGCUGAUCCUGUCGUAACAUCACCCCCUCUUGACCAAAAUGAUCCUGAAUCAUCAUCAUCAUCCAACCCUCAUCCUGGAGAAUAUCAAGGGUUCUUUGAAGGUAUGUCAGAUGAUACUGGACAUGGACCACUAAUGUCUGCCAUGCAAGUGGAUAUAAAUGUUGAAGUUCAGAGUGACUUGAAUCUGAGACAAGGAGAGAGAAGAAGCCGAAAUAGGGACAGCAAUGUAGAGCAGGUCACUCCAAGAGCAAGGUCUCAAUCAACCAAUAGCAGGAACUCAGGAGAAGGAGGUAGAAGUUCUAGUGUACCACCUCCACAGGAGAGGGGUGGAUCUCACUCUCGUGAUCAUAGGUCAGAAGAAGGGAACAGACAACAGCAGGGUGGUCCCGGAAUUCAGCAUCCAAGGACACAAGUGCUUGCAGAUGUGAUUGAGGAACUUGUUCAAGCCAAUAAUAGACUGAGGCCUCAUAUGGAGCGAGUCCGUGACCUCAUGAGGAAUGAUCCUCGUUUGGAAGUGUCCUUGGAGAGAGCUGAGGCACAGAGAUCUUUCAAUUUGACCAUGCAAGCCCUGCAUUAUCUAUCUCAUGCUCAUCAUGCUGUGAGUGACAUGAUGGUGGAUUUCAGUCGCCCACCGCCUAGAGAAAUUCGGGCUGUUCCCUUUCUCACUCACUUCCAUCCUCUUACCAUUCAAGCUGGAAUUCCAAUCCAGGCAGAAAUCAGCCUGCAAACAGGCCCCCCACAAACUCACCAAUCAUUCAGUGAUGCAGCAGGGAGGAACCAGAGUGAAAGCUCUCCACAGAGUGAACAGUCAAAUACCAACAAUCUCCAAUCAGGUGGCAACAACCCCCAAUCAGGUGGCAACAACCCCCAAUCAGGCGGCAACAACCCCCAAUCGGGUGGCAACAACCCCCAAUCGGGUGGCAACAACCCCCAAUUAGGUGGCUUUAGGCCUGGAAUCCCAUACACCUUUGCUUUGCCACCUGUCAUGGUGAUGGAGAUGGGUCCUGCCACAUUCACAAUUGAAACAGGGCGUGCCCCUGUCCCUGGCAACUCAAAUGCAACUCCAUCUAGUGGCACAUCACCCAGUGAACCACCACCUUUGACAAGAAAUUCAGUUCCUACUGCUGAAAAUGGUACCAACACUGGAGCAUCUCAAGAAGAUAGGAAUGGAAUUGGGACUCGAGUUGAAAGUUUCUUGCAAGGGGAAUCCAACCAGGGUGGAGGUGGAAACAGAAGUGGAAGUCAAAGUGGAGGUGGAAGUAGUGGUGGUGGAGGUGGUCCUUGGUCUCGAGUACAGGACAAUUUCCCCAUUCCUGCUGGAUUCAUACAACAUGUGAUGAACACAGUCACCAGUGCCAUCCAAUCUGGACUCUCUGCCAGUGCUGGGCAUGCAUCAUCUAUUAAUAGGGAGGGAACAGGAGGAUCAGGUGGGGAGACCAAUCAAGGUCAGGGUAGCCAACAAACAGGGCAGCAUGUUCGUGGUGAAGGUCACAGUCCAGGUGUUCGAGUGAUGUAUGGGAAUGGAGGGCCUGUACCAAGGCCAUUCCUUCCACCUCUGAGCUUCUCAGCUGCCCAUGAUGCUGCAGCACCAAGAACACAGACACCAAGGGUGCCUCACCAGCAAUCAAUGGAAACUGUAAAGUUCUCCCAUUUUAAAAACAUUCUUGUCUUCCUCAUAUCACUAUACUUCCCUUGUGCAUUCCUAUUGUAUGUGCAAAGUGCAUGGUUCCCUUUCCAGAGCCAGUCCACUGCAAAUACUAAUGCCAGCGGAAGUAUGCCAGUAAGCGAUAUGCUCCAGAGUCUCUCUCAACUUCUUCAGGUUUUUGGCUCUUCUGGGAACUCUUUGACUCUGUCUCAGAUCUUGCGUAACUUCUUGGACCAGCAGGAAGUGCCAGCUGACCAGCAGGGCUUCCCCUCUGAUGCCAUUCUUGUCAUGAGUGACUACUUGACACUGCCUGACAUCAUCAGCUUAUAUUUUGGCAACAGCGAACCUUUGCAAAGGGUUCAGGCUCCUCUACGUCAGUAUGCCGCAACUCGAAUACUGAGAAAUCAAGAACCUACUCUUGUGAAUAUAAGCAAUGCUGUUGAAGAUCUCAUCCGUGAAGUAACUCCUGGGCUUCAGUACUUUGUGGAUAUGGCUCCAGUUCAUGACACAAUAGAUGCCACAGCUACCAUGCAGAAUUUCCUUCGAAUUCAUUUACGUGAGCUUCUGCAGCUUCUGUUCCGCCCAUUGUCGGCAGCUGAGUUUGCACCUUUGUUUCGACAAUGCUUUCAAGAAUGCAUUCAUACUUACUUGGGACUGGCAAUCUGCUGCCUUCAAUAUGGACAGCUAAGUCUGGAAGAACUGUUCACAGACAGCAUGCGAGAUGUACUCUCUUCCAUGGGGAACAACACUAAUGUCUUUGGUCAAAUGAUGGCAUCUAUACCUCUGACCCAUCUUCGGGGUUUACUGUCAUCUGUUCCUGCUCUCUCAACCCAGCAACGUAACAGAUACAUUGUCUACAGGCCUUCAGGUCCUUCAUCACGCACAUCUGAGCCAAUGGAAACAGAUCCAGAUACUCCUGCAGAAAGUGCUGCUACAACUGUAGCCCCAAGUGUUGCCACCUCUGCUUCUUGUACACCAAAUUCAAAUGCUACUGGUCGGCCUGUCGAACAGAUUGAAGAGACAGCUACUGUUGGGAAUGAAUGGGAAAAUACCAUGGACCCUGAAUGGGUAGCAGUCAUUAAGAAUGAUACAGCAGUUCAGCAUCGUAUGUCUCCUGGGAAGCCUUUCAGUGAUGCUUAUUUGAGUGGGAUGCCUGCCAAGCGACGUAGACUUGUUACAGGUAGCAAACCUCAGGGAACUAUUAAUACCAUUCUGACAGACACAUUGCGUCGAGCUGUGAAUUGUGCUGGAGUCCAGCCUCAAAAUCAGUCCACCUUGGAGGUGACUCAAGCUGCAGGGGAAAGUGCCAGUUUGCAAGCUGCCUAUAAUGAACAGGUUCGACUGGAACUGCAGAAGCUAAUGAAAGACAACAAAGACUAUCAGUCCUCCAAGUAUCCCAAUACAGAAAAGUAUAUUAGGAAAGUUGCAGGGAUCACUGUGUUCCUUCUGAAUGGUGUUCAGGUCAUGCAGUCCACUUAUGUCUGUGAAUGGCAUGAUUCAGUGAGUGUGAUAACAAAGGACAACAUUAUCUUUUGA